CGCUUGGCCAUUUCUCAGCUAAUUAUAUGUUAAAUUCCGUCAUGACGACCCGCUUACUGUCUCCACCUGGAGAAAUUUGGAUCCGUCAAACCAGUGAGCCAGCACUGCAGAUUCGUCGUUCUGCUUCCGGUCUUAAACAGCACGCAUCUCGAGUUCCACAUAUCUGUUCAGCUCGGAUUUUUACUCCACCAUAAUUACAAACUCAACUCGUCAUGCCUCGCCGUCAAUCCCCCCCGCCCGGGCUUUCCGGGGCCGAAAUGGCAAACAAUUCCCCGAGCCCACUAUCGAAAAGAACACGAGGGCAACGCGUCUCUAAGGCAUGCACGCGAUGUCGGACUGGAAAGAUGCGGUGCGAUGGGCAGUCACCCACCUGUUCCGCCUGUUCUGAUCGGGGCCAUGUUUGUGCCUACCCUGCCACCCAGAAAAUCCGCGGGCCGGGAAAAAGCAAACAGCGAAUUGAGGCGCUCGAGGCGCGCUUGGCGAAGAUGGAGUCCAAGUUUCGACACGAGUCGACAAAGGAUUCGUCAUCCGAUGAUACAGUUCCGAGAUCGCUGGAGGAGCCGCAGUCAGUUGCCCACGCCAGCCCGCCGCGUAUCGACCAUAUCGAUGCUGGGUCUUUAUCAGACCUCAGUGAUGUCGCGUUUCCCUUCCACCGCCAGAUAUCCCAGCGUUUCACCCUCUGGCAGGGAGAAGAAUGCACCAAAAGACUCGAGAGGGCAGCCCUUUCGCCCUUGACCGCUGAAGCGCCCGAAAUGUGGCUGGCGGAGCGGUUUCUCAAUGAUGUGUGCGCAGAGCUUCCGUUCCUCCACACACCCUGGUUCGUCGACCAAAUCAAGCACCCAGAUGCAGCCAAUAACCCCGACGCUGGGUGGCAGGGCGUCAUGAACGCCAUCAUCGCCAGCACCGUACACUUCAAGACGCUCAACAGCUCUUUUCGCGAGGUCGCCGUGUAUUCAUGGUGUUUCUUUCGAAACGCCUACGCCGUCUUACCAGAGCUCAUCGUCCACGGAGAUGGCCUCGGAGCAGCACAAGCCGCCAUGGCCAUGGCCCUGUUUAUGCGGCAGUCAGCAGACACACGAACAACGUCGCGGCUGUUAUCCAUGGCUGUCCACAUGCAGCAAUCGGCUAGUCCUCGUGUCAUCACGACCGCAGCGUACCACAUCCCAUCGCUAGGCGAAAGAGAGAAUCGGAGCCGGCUUUUCUGGGCAGCCUUCGUUCUCGACAUGGAGAUGACAGUAAACACCGGACUGCUACCCGUGCAUCAUCACGCCGAACAGGGUGCUACGGCAGGCCUGCCAAUAGAGUCGGGUCAGCGUAAUAUGGUCUUCAGACUCAGGGCCGAGCUCGCCAGAAUUCAGCAACGGAUUGGAACCGUGGUCCAGCUGAACACCCCCAAACUCGCAGACCUCUUCGCCCUCGAGUCAGAGGUUGAGGCAUGGUGCCUUCGAGUGCCACUCGAGUUUCGUCCACGCUGGUUUUCUGACCAACUCGAAAGUGCUGGUAGCGACGAGUCGCCCAUAGACGUGUCCGUCGCCAUGCUACACUUGGUCUACUACAACAGCCUGUCCUUGGUGAGUUGGGUUUCUGUGCGGCAAAGCACUGCGGAAAUGCUGCCAGUUGAAUCACCUCGCGACAUUGAUUCCAUCAACCAACGGACAAGUCGACAUAAAAGCGUCUCAAGGGCAGCCGCCAGAGCCGCCAUACGCUCCAUGGCACGAUUCCCCACUCAGUCAUUUACAGAGCUCUGGAGAGCCUUGUGCUACCCCGUAGCCGCCAGCAUUGCUCUCUUAGCCGUCAUAUGCAAGGAGCCAACACAUGCCGAGGCACAGGGUGACUUGUCGUUGCUAUCCUGUUUCGUGGGGUUUCUAAACAGGAUGGUGCGUGAUGAAGGUUGUGACCUUGAGAGAAUGCGAGACGGGAUGUCCAAGUUCGAAAAAGUCGCGGCGGACGCUGUCGGCGUGGCCUUGGCCUCUGCCAUGCCCGUGAACCCGGCGCUGUGGCCCUUGAGUAUCGCGUCAGGCCAUACUAGCAAGACCAUUGCGACUCUCUUGACGUGCUCAUGCUACCAUCCCAUGUAUGCUGCCCAAGCCUUGAUGGGGAACACGCCUAAUCGUGAUACUGAAGUUGCCAAGCAGCUCGCUGAGAUUCUUGGCCUGUCGUGGGGCGACACUGGAUAUGGCCCCUUUGUCCCAGAUUGUGUAAUACCAGCCACUUAUGGAUUUAGGUACAGCUCUAUAUAGAAAGAGUCAAAUAAAGUGCCAUGUCCUUCAUAGUCCGACGUAGCAGCUUAUCCAGCUUGUUUAUCUUCCCUAAUCGUCUUAGCCGUAAAACCUUUCUCCUCUUAGCCAGCACACGUUGAUUUUGAGGGCUUGCUAAUCCUGAUUCUGCGGUACUGCGAAUAGUAGUAGCAUUACCAGUAUUUGCAUCAUGUUACGAUCCCCGACUGUACCUCGGUGAGUCCCGGUG